GGGCCGUGGGAGCGAGGAGGACGCGAGAGCUGGACGCACGGCAGACCCCUGCGGCUCUCUCACCUGCGUGCAGGCUGUCGACCGUGCCGCCUUCUGGCAGCGAGUACACCUAGCCAGUCCACUUCAGCGACCCUCGUCGAUCGGAUCGACGCGAUCACGGUCUCUCUAUCAUCCUCCUCGCGAGUAAAACGCUCCGCUCCCGCGACCACUGCCGCGACGCUCAGGUGCCUCGGGAUAACUGGCGCCUGCGUCCGCGGAACGACACCCACCUGGCAGCUACACGGAACUCUCCCAGCCCCAUUGAUAACGUGCUCCGUUUGAUAACGCUCAUCACCAUGCCCGCCGAUCCAUGAGACACGGUUAUCUCUGCGCGAAAGUGACUACACACCUCUUGAACUUUGCUCAAUUUAUAAUAGACAGCUCGAUUGGAUAUAUCGGCAGGAGUGUGCGUCUGUGAUAUCUGUGUUGCUACUGGACUCGAUCUCGGCUAAGUGACUCGGCGAUGUUCACCGACGAUCUUCUGCAAGGAAUCUUCUGUUGUUCGAUCGUCUGGUAACGUGGCGAAGGACACGAACUGAGGCCAAUUUGAUGCAUCCGUCUGACCGCGACGAGGAUGAUGAUGAUGGACAUGGGCAUGUACGGAACCUACGGCAAGCCUGACUCAUACCCGAACUACGUGUGCACGGGCCAAGGGAGUCAUCAUCAUCACCAGCCCGUGUCCGUCGGCGGACACGUGCCCGUGCCGCCCUCGCCGGAGCUGGCGCCCGCUCAUUACUUCCCCCAGACCGCGGUGUCCCCGUACUCCUCCUCGUCCUCCGAGAGUUUCCUCGCCGCGGAGUCUGGGACACCUCCGCAGGGUUUCUACUCGUCGACGGGAGUGCUGCACGAGGAUGGAACCACGACCGCCAUCAUCUCCUCCGAGAACGGGCUGAGCUACACGAACCUGGACUACGCGUCCUCCUCGACCGCCUACCCUGGCCAGCCGCAGAACGGCUCCCACGAGCAGAGCUACCAUGUCCAGCAGGCCACCGGCUAUAGAGACGAGCACCACCAUCACCAUCACCACGCGACCUCGGCCACCAGCAUCCACCAAAGCCCCAUGGUGGCCGGCCACUCGAGGAACGAGCACGAGCUGCACCAUCAGUCUUCUAGUCAUCACCACCACCACCACCAUCACCAUUCCGAGCCCGACUAUCAGAUCGCCGGCACCACGAACUAUCUCCACCAACUGCCUCCCGCGGAAGACUCCAUACACUAUCAUACGCAGAUACGGCAGAACGAUUACACCGCUGGUCAUCCUGCCGGGCAUUACAAAGAAGAGACUCCCGACCCGGCUAAUUAUCACGUGCUGCAGCAACAGGGACAUCCGCAGCACCCGCACCAGCACGGCCACGGACACCACCAUCAGCAACACCCUCACGGCCACCAUCCUCAACAGCAGCAACAACAACAACCCCACGUACCCACCUACAAGUGGAUGCAGGUCAAGAGGAACGUGCCCAAGCCCGUCGUGGCAAAACCGAACCCAAGUUUGGCGGACUUCGGUGGCAGCACGAUCGGGGCCGGAAGUGCAUCUACCUACACCAGCCCAGCAAACGGUCCGGUGAACUGCCUUACCGGCGGUCCUUUAGCCGGUAUAGCAGGCGGUUUCAAUAACACCGGUCGGACCAAUUUCACGAACAAGCAGCUCACGGAGCUCGAGAAAGAGUUCCACUUCAACAAGUACCUGACCAGAGCAAGACGCAUCGAAAUCGCGUCCGCGCUGCAGCUGAACGAGACGCAGGUGAAGAUUUGGUUUCAGAACAGGCGGAUGAAGCAGAAGAAGAGGAUGAAGGAGGGUCUGAUACCGACCGAGAGCUCGACGGUGACGCAACUAGGCGGAGCAAGGAGUAACAGCAACUCGCCAACAAGUUCUUCGAGUCAUGAAACUGGUGGCCUCGGUUUAUCGAGCUUUACCAGCGACAAUAGCCGCGAAUCGCCGCCGACUGCGUCGAAAGAUUGACGCGUUCCUUGCUGCAGCAACGAGCGAAUUUUCGGCCUAAGAUUCCACGACGAUUGGUGAACCGAGAGGAACACGAGAAACUGAUUUCAAAUCUCCCGCGCCUCGGGUGGCGCAACCAACCGAUCCCUUAGCUGCUGCAGCAAAAAAAUUCGAAACGACAGAGAACACAUGGAGGAACAAUGGAGACGAGGAACGAUGAGAAUUAUCAAAAUUUAAUCGACCAUAGAAUAGAGAAUUCGAAGGCGUAUAUAUACCGAUUGUACGAAUUAUUUAUUUUUAUUCCCCCAAUUUUGAAUUCGUGUAUGCCGCGACGGCAAUAUUGAUAGAGUCGAUCCGCAAGGUUACCAUAUACCUCAGUUUGUGUAAAUGGUAUAAUGAUAUUUAUAUAUGUAAUUAGAAAUACCAAUGAUCACACGCAGUAUAUCCUGUAAAAAUAAACUGUGAGAAUGCAACUUUUUGGCCGCUGAUCAGUAGCGUCCUAAGGUUACCCUUCUUUUUGGUGAGGACAAUUAUUGUUUGAUGUUAUCAUCCUCGGUUUUUCUACAUGAAGUCAUUCGAAUGAUCGACCCGACACUUCUUGUGAACCGCAUGUUAGUGUGAUAGUGUUAACUAAGAUUAACGAACCUUCGUAAAUGUGGUGUUCAUCAUAAUAAAUUAUAACUACUGUGUAAUGAUGGCAUGAUAACAGUAGUUGUGCUCCCAAUUUGAAUAUCUUCUGUAUGUAUAUGUACAUAAAGUCUCUAACACAAAUCUUACGUCGACGACAAUGUAUAUCGUGCAUUAUACAGUAAUUAACAUUAAAAAUAAGCGAAAAAGCUGAAGAAUGUUCUAAAACUUUUAUAGAUCGUCGUUUAUAAAAACAGAAAAAAGAAACUGAAUACUGUAUAGUGAAGUUGCGUUCGAAUGCUAAGAUUCGUGUUGAUUCUAUUUAACUUAAUGCGACCACUCGAAAAUUUACAAAUUAAUAUAAUCAUAUAGUUCUAUGGAUUACAUUGUAAUCCAUUAAAGAAUCCUGUACCUAAAUAAAUUCAAUUACGAUAAAUUGUGAUUAAACUGUAGUUUUACGUAGACUUCUGUAGAAAGAAUAAAGUAUUAUUAUAUUACCGUA